AUGUCAGUCCUGAUCUCCGCAGAGUCCACUCUGCCCACCCACCCGCCCUGGAAGUCCAUCCCCGGCAUCUACAACUUCCGCGACCUCGGCGGCUACCCCAUCCAGGGCAGCACCGGCAGCGUCCGGCGAAACCUCAUCUACCGCGCCGCCGAGCCCUCGCGCGUCACCGCCGACGGCAUGGCCGUCCUCGUCGCCACCCUCAACGUCACAGCCACCUACGACCUGCGCUCCAACCCCGAGAUCGAGAGCCUCUCCGACACCUGCCCCGUCAUCGAGAUCCCCGGCAUCACCCGCCACUUUGUCCCCGUCUUCGAAGAAGACGACCUCAGCCCCGAGUACCCUCCCCCACCCCCACCCCCUCCCCGCGCCCCACCUACUAACACCCCCGCUCCCAGGGCCCUCGCGAAGCGCUACAGCUCCUACACCAGCGGCGACCUGCCGAGCGCCUACCGCUCCAUCCUCACCGCCGGCGCGCUCCUCUCCUACCGCGCCAUCUUCACGCACCUGCUCGAGCGCCCCACGGAGCCGCUCGUGAUCCACUGCACGGCCGGCAAGGACCGCACGGGCGUCGUGUGCGCCCUGCUGCUGAUGCUCGCGGGCGUCGACGACGAGUUCGUGGCCGCCGAGUAUGCGCUGACGGAGGUGGGGCUCGAGCCGUUCAAGCAGGCGAUUCGGGAGCGGCUGCUGGGCAGGCCGCAGUUUGUGAAGGGCGAUGAGGAGGCGAGGAGGGGGUUGGAGAAUAUGUUGAGUUCGACCGUCGAGACAAUGCGCCGCACCACGGCUAUGAUACGCGACGAGUUUGGCGGCGUGGAGGCGUACAUGGUGCGCGACUGCGGGUUCACGGCGGAGCAGGUGGCGGCCAUAAAGCGCAACAUCACGAGCGAGGAGCGGCCGUGCUUUGGGCUGGAUGCGCAGGGGGAGCUGGUGUAUGCGGAGCAGAAGGGGGAGGAGUAG